UCAAAGCCGUCCAACGGUCAUCGCCAGUUCCUUAUCGCGUGUUGGUUUGAUUUCUCCGUGAGAAUCGGACGGAGGAGGGAAAAUCACCAUUGUAGAGGAUGAACUGGUGCUUAAUCUCUCGGUCUUUGUGCGGCCAUGGGGUCUCGUCGAUGGCUCUUGUCUCCAACCCGAAUUGUAGAGAUGCAUUUCGCCAUAGAAGAUCUCGAGCCGGAAUCUUCAGGAUUUGCGCGAGCUCGGACGGUGUGGAAGCGAAGGAGGAGCUGAGGCAGGAAGCAGAACCGAUUGAAACUGGAGAAACCAGUGCCGCUUCGCCUUCUCCUUCCUCUACUUCCUCUUCUUCUGCGCCUCCUUUAUUCGGUAAAGACCUGAAAAAGGUAGUCAACAAGACUGCAGCAACCUUUGCACCUAGGGCUUCAACUGCUAAUAAAAACCCUGCUGUGCCCGGAACUACCCUUUACAAAGUUUUUGAGGUUCAAGGAUAUGCAUCAAUGGUGCUCGGAGGAGUUCUGUCAUUCAACCUCCUGUUUCCGUCAAAUGAACCUGAUAUAUGGAGGUUGAUGGGCAUGUGGUCCAUUUGGAUGUUCACAAUUCCUUCUCUUCGAGCACGAGAUUGCUCGAGCAAAGAGAAAGAAGCUCUUAACUAUUUGUUUCUGCUCAUCCCAUUGCUCAACGUUGUGAUACCCUUCUUCUGGAAGUCAUUUGCUGUUGUCUGGUCUGCUGAUACUGUUGCCUUCUUUGCAAUGUAUGCCUGGAAGCUUGGAUGGCUUCAAAGAACGGAGUAGGAAUCUUUGGAUCUCAUGAUGGGACUAGAGGACUUUUUCCACUUUUCUAGUAUCUUAUGGUGAACAUCACCAGGGGGGCUAUUGUCUAUAGAAGAAAAUGCAGAUUCAUUCUCUUAUCCUAUUACUUUUCUCCAUUCAGCUUCUCCGUGUGAAAAGAGCAUGGAGUAUGAAACAUAUCAUGGCCAUUGCUGCAAGUAAAGGUAUUCGACAACUUUGAGGGAA